AUGACAAUGAGCACCGAGACCAAGGACGACUUGAUUCAACGCCACAAAAAGGAAAACAAGGACCUCAUCGCAACUAUCACAGGGUUGAAGAAACAAGCGACUAAGAAAACAAGAAAAUCGGUAUUGAGCAAAUGUCAAGAACUAGAGCAUGCCUUGAAGAGAAAGCAUGCUGAGGAAUUAGCACAGUUAGAGAACCCAGAUGGACUGCAAAACGGGCAGGAAGAAUUGACGCCAGAACAGUUGUUGGCAGAGCUAUCGGUAGAAGAUAAAGUAGAACAUCCCGUGAGUUCAUCCACUGAUGAACAACUGGCCGGGAAUCAAUCUGGGCCAAAGAGGCGAAACCGUCAAAAAGAAAGAUUAGCCAAACGUAAAGCUGAUAUCGAACGAAUGCAAACUGAAGCGAGAGAAGAAACUGCCAACUCAGUCGAUUACAGACAGAUAGAGGUUGAUUCAAUGGACCAGCUAUUAGCUGUGAACAAUUUGAAAUUGCACGAAAUCAAACCCGAUGGCCAUUGUCUCUUUGCAUCCAUUCAAGACCAAUUGCAGCAACGACAUCACAUUGAAAAGUCAAUACAAGAGUUGCGAGACUUGUCAGCAGAAUACAUUCUUUCACACAAGGAUGAUUUUGUGCCGUUUUUGUUUGAUGAAGAAGCUGGUGAGAUUAGAGACGUUGAAGAAUACUGUCAUGAAUUGACUACGACGGCAAUGUGGGGAUCAGAUAUGGAAAUCUUGGCAUUAGCUAAAGUGUUUAACUGUUGUAUUGCUAUUCAUAUGGCUGGUGCUGCAACUAUAAAGAUCAAUGAAGAGGCAAACGCAGGGGGCGUUAGGAAUGAUAAUGAUGAUGAUGAUUGUGCAGGUGUUAAAGAAGAGUUGCAAUUGGGAUAUUAUAAGCAUUCAUAUGGAUUGGGUGAGCACUAUAAUUCAUUGAGGGAUGCGUGA